AUUUCUCUGCACUAUAACAUCCCAACUCCGACUGAUGUCACAACUUUCAGCGUCGAGGUUAAACCAGAGGCCGACUGCAAAAGCACAACACACAAACUCACUCUGACGCUAACGUCCCUAUAUAAUGGAAAAGAGAGCACUACAAACAUGGUGAUCCUGGAUAUCAAAAUGCUCUCUGGAUUUAUCCCAGACUCAGAGUCUAUAAAGAGCCUCAAAGUUGCCUCGAUGGUGGAUCGAGUUGAACAGAAGGACGAUCACGUUAUGGUGUACAUUCAGGAGUUGACGAAGGACAUUCCCAUCAACCACAGCUUAGCGCUCAUACAGGAGCUCCCGGUGCAGAACCUGAAGCCGGCCAUUGUUAAAAUCUACGACUACUACCAGCCAAGUGAUCAGGAUGAGACAGAAUACAACUACCCGUGUGCUGCAGCUUGAAGAAUGAAGUGUGGUCUCCGCUCAGACCCGUGGGCCUCAAUGAUUCAACCAUAACGGG